GCGAGCUGAUGCAGUGGGUUUCUACUAAAUCAACAGAGGGCUACUACACACGUCAGUACUAUCAUCCGUAUCUGUUCAUUGGUAUACGUUCAGGAUGACUCUCCUCUGCAACGCUUGUCUCAUCUUGCCUGUUGCUCUGCAUUUGCUGCUCGUCCCCAGUCCAUGUUCUGCUUCAGUCACAAGAAGAUGUGGCUCCAUCUAUAAAGGGUUUGCCCAGUGUCUGCUCACCCUGGGAGACAGUCUCUCUGUCAGUGCCCAAAAAGAUGAAGAUAUGCAGGAGAUUGACUCUGUUUGCAAAUCCUGGGAUGAUUUUCAUGACUGUGCAAAUGUGGCUAUGGCUGGAUGCCCUGACGAGGCUGCUGCAGUGUGGGAGUCUCUGAGACAAGAGUCCAAAAAGAUGCAAUUUUCUGGAAACCUGUAUGAGAUGUGCUCCAUUCGUAGCCAAUCGGCAGCUGCCUCUGAUUCCCAAAGCCCAGACGAGACAAAUCAGGAAUUGUUAAAGGGACAUGCCAGUCAUAAAAGUGUGACUCAGUACAGUUUUCUGGCCUUUUGUUUGCUUGUCCUAUUACUGUUUCCAUGGAUAUAAUCACAUCUAUCUGCUUUCUCAACAAGACUCACCUUAGAGUUUAUAUGUGCAGGACAUUGACAAAGAUAUUGACUAGUUUUGUUUUGACAUUUCCAUAAAGAUCUUUUCAAUAAUAAGAAUCAUUCAAUGCUAUAAAUCCAACUUUUCAAAGUAAAAAAAUAAUGUCAUUUUCACACAGGGGACAGUACGCAGAAACAAAUUUUUUUCAGGUGCAAAAGCUUACACCAAGUCAAAACAACAACUCUUCUGUUAAAAAUGGCUAAAUUAAUUUAAAGUACAAGCAGGGCACAAUUAAAAUCAAAGAAAAUAAAUUCAUUAGGAGGACCAAAAAAUGCAACUUAAGGCCUGAUGAGGACAAGUCAAAGAGCCCAAUGCCGAAAGAUACUUAAAAACAUUUGAACCCCUUUAAAUUAUAUGAGAAUACUCUAGUAGAGUAGCACUUGUGAGCUAUGAGUAUCAAAGCAAUGUAAAGAGCCCUCAAAAAAUGUUAUUCUUUCACUUUGUAGUGUAAUCUUCUUUUGAAGGCCUUUGAGAUGAUUAACUUUAAGGAUUACUCCAAUUUAAAGUAAAUCUAAGCAACACAGCUCACCUACAAGCCUUUUAGCCUGAAUGUCUUUGGGUGAUGGUUUAAACUAUCAAUUAUGUAAUGACAGGUUCAUUGAUUCAGAUUAAAGGAAUAGUUCAGCCGAAAUAAACAUUUUGUCAUCAUUUACUCACUGCCAUGUUAUUCCAAACCUGUUUGGAAUAACAUGGACUUUCUUUCUUCUGUGUAACAGUGUUUAGCAAAAUGUUCAAAGAAAGAAAUGCAAGUGGUUUGGAACGACAUGAGAGUGGGUAAAUAAUGACAGGUUUUAUUUUAUUUUGUAUUUAUUUUAUUUUUUUGGUGGGUGGGGGUUAGAGGGAGUUAAACUAUCUCUUUAACAAAUAGCACAGCAUUAUACUUAAAGGUGUUUUGUGCUAGUCUGUAUCGGUAUGGAGCUGGUAUUCAUUUGAUGUUGGUUGGAGUACUAUGUAGAAAUUGUAUCUUACAUUCCUCAUAGCUACAUUUUUAUUUAAAUAUACCUGUAUGUAUUUGUAAUUACAUACAGAAGAAAAACUUCAGCUUGAGGAAACAAAUCACUACAUGAUGGUAAUAUACUGUAAAUAUGACCGAUAUGCUGUAAAGACGAGCUAAUUUAAUAGGUUUAAAUGAAUGAGCAUAUUAUAUAAACCAGAUUAUCAUAUGUAAUGAAUAGAUGAGAAAAAUCAAUGGGAGUUAACAUCAUGAACUCAUAAAUAGCUAAUGAGAUCAGAUUGUAAAUUAUUAUUGCAGAAUAUAUACAGUAUAUUUCUGUAGUUACAUGAUUUUGUGUGUAAAGCAAAUGUGCUGAUAUAGAGGUUGUUCAAAGGAUCAGCUUUUAUUACCGCCACACUCAACGCUGGCUUUGCCCUGCUCAGCGGAUUCCUCAAUCAAUGUUAUUUAUGUUUAAUUUUUAGAUUUAAUUGGCAAUCAAUCACAUUUGUCAAUGCAGUAAACUUAUUAAGGAAGGCAAAAGCCAUUUAUUUAGCCAGAAAAAAAAAAAGAAAAUUCAAUUGGGGUCCAGGGAGGAUGGCCACUUAUGUCUCAAAAUUCGUUUUUGUGUGGUAGUUCUGUUUACUUAAGAUUUUUUUUUUUUUUAAUUGUGUAUAAAAGUGCUUAACAUAGCUGAACUGAAUGAUCAAAGGCUGACUGUCAGUGAUGUGUCUCAUGCUUUUCUUUGCAUAACUUUAAUUCCACUUUUGUCAAAGCCACUGAAUGUACUUUAGUAGAAUCUUAUCAAACUAAUGGAUUAAACUCUAAUAUACUAGUAAGGGCUAAUAUGUACAGACAUCAAUCCCUACUAAAUAGAGCUCAUUAAUUAAUGUAUAUCUAUGUGUCUUUAUUAAUACAUGAAGACAGCAAUAAUUUGCUUAACAGGUGCAUUAUACCAAAUGCAUGUAAGAGAAAUGUAUUUCAAUGAGUGUGCUUUCUCCUUUUAUUUUGAUCUCUUAUUAUAUAUUACUGAUCAUUCCCUUGUUUCCAAGCUCUUACUCUGGUGCCCUGCUUACUAGAAACAAAUUGAAGAUCGCUUAAUUGUCUUUUUAAAAUUCAAAUUGUUGACUGCAAUUCGGAGUAAAAACUCCCAUAUUUUUGCUUUGAAAUGCGUAUUGUUUAGGGCCAUUUUUGUCUCAUCGUGAAACAUGCCUGUCUGCAAAAAUAUUUGCUACAUAUCAAUAUACUAUACAGUAUAAAUAAAAGGUGCUGGUCAACA